AGCGUGCAGACAUUGACCUGUUUUAAAAUCCCGUCUAACGGUAAGAAUCCCAGACCUCCCUGUGGUUUUACCCUUCCGCACUCCCAGAAACCAAGAACAAAAAUAAUAAAAAAAGAAUAAUCGGCUAAGGUGAUAACUACUUACUAGGAGUUGUUAAUUGAUCGAUCCGUGGCCUUCUGGUGCUAUUCUUUGUAGCGAUUCCAUUCGAUUCACAGCCCCAAUUUUAGGAUUAGGGUUAUAUUGUAUGCUUAUACACACACACAGUACAAGAACAUGGAUAGACACAAAGGAGACCGCUACGGCGAUUAUUCGGACUCUCAUCGCAACACGCACUUUGCGACGUCAUCUCGUUCCGUGGACGAACCUGUUUCUCGCCAUGACCGGAACUACGACAACAACUACGGCGGUAGUUUCUCCGGCGAUGUUCACCGCCGCCACAACCACCACAGCAAUUCCAGUGGCGAACAAAAUGACUCAAUUGGUUGUGGCGGAGAUGGUGACUUUGGUUCACGUCAAUUUUCUCUUUCCGGACGCAAGAGGCAUUUUUCCCCAGUUUUCUUAGAUUAUGUUGAUGGUGUCAGCUACGUGAAACUCUUUGUUGGAGCCGUUCCAAGAACAACAAGGGAAGAAAAUAUUCGCUCCUUGUUUGGAGAAUAUGGAAAUAUUUUCGAAGUUGUCCUACUCAAGGAUAAGAGAACUGGCCAACAACAAGAAUGUUGUUUUGUAAAAUAUACAACUGUAGAGGAAGCGGACCGAGCUAUUGGAGCAUUGCACAAUCAAUAUACUUUUCCUGGGGGAGUGGUCCCUAUCAGAGUUAGAUAUGCUGAGGGAGAACGGGAACGCCUUGGUAAUUGUCCCAUGCUUAAAAAAUGGGCUUCUGGAACACAUGUUUUCAAAUUGUACGUUGGUUCCCUGAAUAAGCAAGCUACAAAAAGGGAAAUUGAAGAAAUAUUUUCUGCUUAUGGUCUUGUCGAAGAAGUUUACUUUGUGCGUGACGAACAGAAGCAGAAUCGUGGAUGCGGGUUUGUUCAAUUUUCUCAUAGGGAUAUGGCAGUUGCUGCAAUCAAUGCGCUAAAUGGAACCUACGUCAUGAGAGGUUGUGAUCAGCCAUUAAUUGUUCGUUUUGCUGAUCCAAAGAAGCCAAGGACUGGAGAAUUAAGGGGUAAUUCUAGAGUUGGUGGUCCAGGUUUUGGUCCCCGUUUUCAGGAAUCAGUUAGGCCAGCACCUUAUCUUAGUGACCCAAUCACUGGGCAGAAGCUGCCUAAUGUUUCACAUCCACCGAGUCUGAAGAGUUUAAUAUCAUCUUCUCAAGAUUGCCCAAUUCGAGCAACUGCCAGCCCUGCAAGUGAUUCUCUUCAGGGAAAUGGUUUUCCAUCAUCUGCGCAACAGUUUUCACAGGCUGGAAGCAAGCUUCAGACAGUUUCUGGCACUUCUACUGUUUCAGAACUUCUUGUGCCUUCAACAAUUUCUUCUGCUCCUGCAUUGCCUAUAAGCACCCAGACAGCAGCAGAUCCUUUAGAUUGUGAUUGGAGUGAACAUAUCUGUCCUGAUGGAUACAAUUACUACUAUAAUUGUGUUACUUGCGAGAGUAGUUGGGAGAAACCUGAGGAGUAUACCUUUUAUGAACAGCAACUAGAAAAGCAGCAACAGCGUCAACUUACUUCUCGUCAACAGCUUCAUUCUCUGUCAAAUAUGCAGGGCUUCUUGCUUCAUGUUGGCAUGGUCUGGUUUCAGGAACUUGGUCAUAUGCAAGUACAGGCAGCAACGAUCCCAUUGGUUACUCCAGCAUGUGUGUAGGUGGUUUGUGUUUGAGCCUUUUGCCGAUGUACCUAUUGACUGCAAGUAUUGCGAUUGUUUUACCCUAUUUAAGCUUUGAACUGGGUGCCGGUCAAGCGGUAUUCCGGAGUGAGGAACAACUACGUUAUGCAGGGUAUUGGAGCAUUAACUGAAUAUGACCAAGUAUUAGCUAUGUAAUGGCCACACUUCAUCAUACAGAGAUCAGUUGUGUAUUUCUUAGGUUAAGCCUAUCAAGAUCAAAAUAGAUUGAAUGGUUCUCAGUUAAAUAUCAGGCUGUUUUGGUGGCAUUUCUUAGUUUUACAGCUAGUACAUGUAAUGUCAUCGAUAUGUGCUCCAGAUUGUGAAACAAAAAUGUGAAAUUGAUCAAUUUCUUUUCAUCAUUUAUUUUUUAUUUUUAAAAUUUGAACA